CUACGUCUACAACCCUGUCAUUUUACUCACAAUCAUAUCAGAACGUUCACCAUGGGCCUUACAAUCCACACCGUCGGAACCUCCACCCUCCAGCGCGGGGCCGAGCGCGCCGUCAUCACCCUCGACGUCGCCAGCGAUGGAAACGACCAAUCCACCGUCUCCCAAGAUGUAACCCGCACCUCCAACCGCCUCCAGUCCCUUCUCAAAGCGAUCGCGCCUAAGCAAGAAUCCGGCGACCCCGCCGUCGACGCCCCCGUCACAUUCUGGAGCAUGAGCUCCAUCAGCACCGGCAGCUAUAUCCCCUGGGACCACGAGAAGCAAGAACACCGGGCGCGCGUCUACACGGCGCGGACGAACUUCGAGGUCAAAUUCCGCGAUUUCAGCAAACUAGGCGAGUUUGUGUCGGACGUUGCGAAGGAUCCGUUUGUAUCGGUGCGGGACAUCGAUUGGCAGUUGACGGACGAGACGAAGCAGGCGCUGGGUCAGGAGAGCAGGAAACUGGCCGUGUGGGAUGCCCUGGCCAAGGCGAAGGAUUAUGCUGGUGCCUUGAAUAUGAGUAAUUUGCGGCCCGUUGAGAUCGAUGAUGUGCAGGGGCACUCUGCGCCCGCGAUGUAUGCUUGCGCGAGGAGGGCCCCGGCCUUUGGGGGUUCGGCGGGGGAGCAGGCGUUGAAUUUUGUGCCCGAGGAUUGUGAGAUCCGCUGCUCGGUUAAGAUGCGGUUGGAGGUUGAGUAGGUUUGUGGACGGGCGGAGGCUGCGAAGUGAGGGCAUGCUUUAAAGGAUAGUUUGAUAC